UCCAUCUACCCAACUAGUAGUCAACACAAGUCCCAGAUGGGGAGGUUCUUCUUUUCCUUCUUCUUCUUCCUUCUAUCUAUUUUAUGUCUUCUACCUCUGAAGUCUGUGGUGGCUCUGCCACUGCACACCAAUUCAAGGUGGAUAGUAGACGAAGAUGGCGCCCGGGUGAAGCUGGCAUGCGUGAAUUGGCCGUCUCAUCGGGAAGCACCGGUGGCUGAGGGUCUCAGCAGCCACCCAGUUGACCUCAUCUCAAAGAGGAUUGCGUCCUUGGGGUUCAACUGUGUGAGGCUCACUCUGCCACUUUUCUUGGCCACGGACCAGUCACUGGCCUCCCUCACUGUUAGACAGUCCUUUCAGAGGCUUGGCUUGCUUGAAUCCCUUGCUGGAUUCCAAGCCAAUAACCCUUCCAUGCUUGAUCUUCCUCUCACAAGCGCUUACCAGGCGGUGGUGUCUAACCUUGCGGACAACAAUAUGAUGAUCAUACUAGACAAUCACUUCAGCAAGCCCAGCUUCCAUGGCAACGACAUCUUUGGCGACCAGUACUUCAACCCAGACUUGUGGGUCAAGGGCCUUACCCGGAUGGCCACCGUGUUCAGUGGUGUGCCUAACGUGGUGGGCAUGAGCUUGAGGAAUGAGCCCCGAUGCCCCAAACAGAACGUGAAGGACUGGUACAGGUACAUGCAGAAAGGAGCUGAAGCAGUGCACUCAGCCAACCCAGAUGUUCUGGUCAUAAUCUCUGGCUUGAGUGAUGGUACAGACCUAUCUUUCCUCCUCAAUCAACAGCUGGAAUUGACAUUCACAGGGAAAUUGGUGUUGGAGAUGCAUUGGCAUGGAUCGCGGGUUGGGAGGGCUGGGGAAACCAGCAACCCCAACAAGGAGUGCGGGAGAGUGGUGGACAGCAUAAUGAGGGGAGGAGGGGUUCUGCUGCAGCAAGGGUGGCCAUUAAUGUUUGUGAGUGAGCUUGGGGUGGAUGACAACAGGCACUUAAAUUGCUUCUUUGGCCUGGCGGCUGAACUGGACUUCGAUUGGGCAUUGUGGACACUGGAAGAGACUAAUGGGUUAAUGAAUUGGAACUCGAACUUCUUCCAGAGGAUUUCAGCCCUCCAAUCUCCUUUGCAAGGGCCAGAUGUAUCCCGAGUCAAACCACAUAAAAUAAUCUUGCAUCCUUCGACUGGUCUUUGCAUUCUAAGGGAAUCAUUGUCUGAACCAUUAAAGCUAGGUCCCUGCACCGAGUCAGAAGCUUGGGGCUACACCCCCCAAAAGAUAUUGAUAGUGAAGGGAACAUACUUCUGCCUUCAAGCAGUUGGGCUAGGGAAGCCUGCAAAACUCAGUAUAAUAUGCACUCAACCUGGGUCAAAUUGGGAGAUCAUUUCAGAUUCAAAGAUGUACCUGUCAACUAAGCUGGGGGAUGGCACCACAGUUUGCUUGGAUGUAGACUCCAGCAGCAACAUUGUCACAGAUGCUUGCAAGUGCUUGGGUAGAGAUGAUAUGUGUGAUCCUGGGAGCCAGUGGUUCAAGGUUGUUGACAGCACAAAUAUUACAAGAAGACCUAUUCUUCAGAUCGGCUAGAUCCACCUUGGACUUGCGUGGAGCUCAACAUGCCGGUGGAAAAAGCAGGAAAACUUUGUUGUGUGUGUGUGUGUGUGAAUAAAUUAUAUAUAUAUAUGUAUGUAAAAAAGGAAAAAUCUUGAAAACAACUUUAUCAAAGCCUAUCUCCCUCAGCGAUGGGUUUUUUAGGCUUAAAAUAUGUAGUUUAUUCUGAUGGGCUCAGGUACAUGCUAUCAGUGUUAUACGUAUCUUCUAUAGAAACUUGUAAGAAUACAUAAGUAGCUUCUGUUUUUAGAUAAAUUAAAGCUAGUUCUAAGAAUAUCCCAACUUCAGUGUG